AUCAAAGUUGUAUUUCCAACCAUUCGUUUUCGGUUUGUUUUAAAAACGAGUUUGUAUUGUCGACGUACAGUAUUGCUUUCAUGCUUAAAAGCUGAGCUUAUCCAUGUGUAUGCCUUUGCUGUUUGCUCAUUGACGUCUUCACAAUUCGACUCCUCUUUUGGUGUGACAGUAAGAUUGAUGCGGUGGUCUUCUUGAGAAACUGCUAUUGAGUGGAGGAAAUUGUAAAUUUCCUCCUUCAUAAGCAGACAACACUCCAACCUUUUUGGGUAUCGCUUAAAAAUAUCCAAUGCCCCAAAGCUAUUGUGAAAUUAUGAUGUCUUCAACCUCUAGAUGAUUUUCGUCAUUUUGCAAAUGGACUGGAAUUCAAUAUUACUGGAGAAAAGAUCAAAAGGGAGAGAAGCAGAUCUGAUGGAUUACGGCUCUAAAGGAGGUGUAGAUAGGAUCAGUGGGUUGCCUAACGACAUCCUUUGUCACAUUUUAUCAUUUCUCCCAACUAAAUAUGCUGUAGCUACCAGUGUUUUGUCAACUAGAUGGAAAUAUCUGUGGUCUUCUGUUCCUGUUCUUGACAUUGAUGCUAGCUUUCAUCGAGACUUUUUCUCUUUCCUCAACAUCUAUGGAAGUAAGGAUUCAGAGAUCUCCUUCAAGAGAUUUGUAAAUAGAGUAUUGCUUCUUAAUGAUACUCCUCAUAUCCAAAAAUUCCGUCUCAUUUAUGAGUGUCAUUAUACUGCUGCUCCUAUUCAUACAUGGUUGAAUGUAGCCAUUUCUCGUCAUAUUCUAGAGCUCGAACUUGACUUUUGUCUGUCUGUUCCAAAAGAAUUUAUGAAGUUUCCUAGGAACUUUUUCAUGUCCAACUCACUUGUUGUAUUGAAAUUAUCUCGCAUGCCUAUUAUUGUCCCUUCUGUGGUAUGCUUCCCUAUGCUUAAGGUUCUUGAAAUUAGGAGGGUUUUGUACCUAGAUGACAAGUGUACUCAAAACUUGCUUUUGGGUUGUCAAGUUCUUGAAGAGUUGGUAAUAGAAGAAAUCAUAAGGGAGAGGCCAAGGGUGAUAGAUAUUUCCAUACCUACAUUGAAAAGUUUCUCUUUUAGUUAUAAAUUUGUGACUGAUAUAUCAGUAGAUUGCCCCUAUAAAUUUGUCAUCAAUGCCCCAAACCUUCAGUACUUCCAUGUCAAAGGUCGUAUAUCAGAUGCUUUUGAGGUGAAGAGUUUGGCAUCUUUGAUUGAUGUGCAUCUGGAUCUCCGCGAAACUGCUGUUCUUGCUGAAAACUACAAUGAUUGUCAUCAACGUAUCUGUAAUCUCUUCAAAGGAUUAGUGAACGCCAAGUUCCUUACUUUGUCUAUUGAUGUCGUUCAGUUGUUAUGUGCAGCCACCGCUGAUCCAAAUCUGCCAAGGUUUUACAACAUGAAUACGUUGGCAUUAGGUAUUGGUUUGGAUCUUGAUUUUGGCAGGGAACGGCUUGUGAGUCUUGUGACGGAGUUUAUUAAAUGCUCCCCUGAUUUGGAUGCUCUUACCCUAUAUAAUAAGCAAGGAAUUUUAAGGGACGUAGAAGAAUUGCGCAGGAAUCCGCCUGAGGCUGCGCCUGAUUAUCUGCAAUCUCAUCUGAAGGAUAUUCUCAUUCAGGAGCUGUAUUCUAACUUCCUGCCUGAAGACGUGGAAUAUCUGGUGCAGGAUGUGAAUGUUCUAAAGAGGCUGAAAAUAAAUUGUCAGUGUCCAUUCAUGCUCAAAUGCCAGCUUAAUUAUACUGCACCCGUCGAAUAAGAUUAGCUACUUUUUGGCUUGAAGACCUUUUGAUGAGAAACUUGCAUUUUGUGUUGCUUCUUUUGUUGUAAUUUGGAGAUAUUUAAGUUUGCUGAUAUGAAUUAGCUCAUUCGCCCUGGUUGUAUGGUGUGAAUGUUGAUGGAGUUGCUCAAUGUAUGAUGCAGAACUUUUUUUUUUUUUUUUGAAAGGCAUGAUGCAGAACUUCUUUCUGUAGAAGAUAUUGUUUCCAAUUUCAGAUAUUUUACAUUAAUUGAAAGGAUUAUAAUACAUUGUGUUUAUUUUUCUUAGGUGUUAACUCAUAUAUCACAUGUGCAGUUGCACAGUUUAAAAGUUUGAAUACUUGGUCUAUAGUAAGUUGAAAUCUAAAUAGUUUUUAAAUGAAAGACAUCUUCAUGUAU